CCAGGCUCACUGGGUGUGCUGCCAGCAGGACACGGAGGAAUCGUGCCCUCUCCCCUGCCCUGUGAGGCCACACCUGGAGUGCUGUGCCCGCUCUGGGCUCUCCAGCCCACGAGAGAUGAGGAGCUACUAGGGAGAGCCCAGGAAGGGCCACAAACACGGUGAAGGAAGAGGAGUGUCUCUCUUAUGAGGGAAAGCUGAGAGAGUUGGGUCGGUUCACCCUGGAAAGUACACAGCAGCACCAGACUCACCACAGGACCUGACAAACUGAGGAGUUUCAGGCCACCAAAAGACAUCUGACACGCCGUGGAGCAGGGUCUUUUCCCUCUGGGCUGUUUGUUGUGCUCACCAGGCAACAGCCAGGUGCCACAGGCUCCUGUAUUUGCACACUCGGCCCAGCGUGCGGCCUUCAGCAGGACCCAGGCCCUGCACUGGCAGUGCCCCACAGCACCACUGAGGGCUCCCAGCCACUUCCUCCUUCCCGGACCGCCUCAUGCAGGUACCCUGUGCCAGCUGAGUCCCACUGGCUGGGCGGAGCAGUGUGGAAGGGAGAUUUCUCCCGGAAUGGGGAGCAGCACGCCUGGGGGAACGGAGCGGGAGGCAGGUGUCGAAGGCAGCUGAGGGGCGGCUCGGUCACUUUCCACCCAUGGCGCCCGGUGCCGCGGAGGCUCUGCGGGAGAGCGGCUCCGCCGCGCCGGCCGCCACGAGCGGGGGGCAGCGGGAGGCAGCGGCAGCCGGGCUGUGCCCCAUCUGCCUGGGCGCCGUGGACAACGCGGCGCACGUGGACACCUGCCUGCACACCUUCUGCUUCGCCUGCAUCCGGCAGUGGGCUGCCGUGCGCGCCGCCUGCCCGCUCUGCAGGCAGCGCUUCGGCCGCAUCCUGCACACGGUCAGGGCGGACGACGACUACCAGGAGUACGUGCUCGGCCCGCCCGGCUGCCAGCAGAGCGCCGCGGCCGCGCAGAGCGUGCUCGGCACAUCCCCGCGCUGGCGCUACCACCUGCGCCCGCGGCCCCACCGCCGUCCCGCUGCCAGGAGAAGGGGGCGGCCGCCAGGGGACGGAGAGAGAGCUCCAAGAACCUCUGACACCUCUGCCCGAUAGGCUGCAGCGCAGCGCUCGACCCGCCCUGCCGGUGGACCUGCCAGCCUGGGGGCGCGGCUUACGGCCCUCAUGUGCUUGGAAUGAGCAUCCAGAGGCUUUGCGGAGCACGCGUCUCUCGCAGCAUCUUCGUACAUUGCAUGUGAAUACACUAAUUCGAUGGAGGUCUUAUUUUAUCUCUGUCUCUCUUUUUCAUUACUUUUAUUAUUAGUCAUAAUAGUAUUGUUAUUUUUUAAAUUA